AUGACCCGAACAGACCUCAUAGUCGACGCGGUCGUGAUCGGCGGCGGCUUCGGUGGCUGCAAUGCCCUCUACCGGCUCCGCGAGAUGGGCCUCACUACCAAACUCUUCGAGGCAGGGAGCGGCUUCGGCGGCGUCUGGCACUGGAAUGGCUAUCCCGGGGCUCGUGUGGAUAGCGAGAUGCCCGCCUACCAGUUCAACAUCCCCGCCGUAUACAGGGACUGGCAUUGGAGUGAACGGUUCCCCGGCGUCGAGGAGCUGAGACGAUACUUUGAACACGUUGACCGUGUGCUGGGGCUGAGCAAGGAUACCUAUUUCAACACAAUUGUAUCGGAAUGUCGAUUUGACUCCGCGAGUAGGCUAUGGAUCGUCCACACCUCGACUGGCAUAAGGGCAACGUGCAAGUACCUCAUCGCCGCAACAGGAUCCUCAUACAAGAAAUACUUCCCCGAGUAUCCCGGCCUGAGCCAAUACAAGGGCCAGCUAGUCCACUCAGCUGCAUACCCGGACAACCUCGACGUCACAGGAAAGAAGGUCGGCAUUGUCGGCAACGGAGCCUCGGGUCUCCAAAUCGUCCAAGAGCUGGCGAAGAAAGAUUGUGAAUUAACCGUGUUCAUCCGCACACCCUGUUUCGCACUGCCCAUGAGACAGCGAAAUAUCUCUCCCGAAGAGUCCGAGAUGAUGAAAGGGUACUACGACGCCAUCUUCGAUCGCUGCUAUAAAUCCGUCACGGGAUUUCCGCAUAAUACUAAGCCUCAGGCGGCUAGCACGGCAUCGCCCGAGGAGCGGAAGGCUAUUUUCGAUCAGCUUUGGCAGCGCGGUGGAUAUAGUUUCUUGGUUUCGAAUUACUAUGACUUCCUGCUUAAUGAGGAGGCCAAUUCGAUCUUUUACGAUUACUGGGUACAGCAGGUUCGGGCUCGUAUGACGAACCAGAAGAAGAUGGAUCUCGUUGCGCCGUUGAAGCAGACUUACUUGGUUGGUACUAAGCGGCCUAGUCUGGAGCAGGAUUACUAUGAGAUGAUUGAUCGGGAGAACGUCGUGCUGCAUGAUUUGAAGAAGGCUCCUAUCCAAGAGUUCGACGAGACCGGCGUCAUCACGGCCGAGGGCCAUCGUGAUCUCGACAUUGUCAUCUUUGCAACGGGAUACGAUGCCGUCACGGGCAGUUUGUUGGAUCUGGGGAUCGAGGAUCGGAACCAGGUUCCUCUGAGUGAGAAGUGGAAGGAUGGGACGGCUACUCAUCUAGGCUUGAUGAUCCCUGAUGCGCCGAAUCUGUUCCUGGUUUAUGGUCCGCAGGCACCGACUUCCUUGGCUAAUGGUCCGCCUUUUAUUGAGAUGGAGGUCGAUUGGAUCUGUCGCGCUAUUGCGAAGAUGCAUGAUGAGGGGUUGGCGUCCGUUGUGCCCACAGCUAAGGCAGCGGAGCAGUGGAAGGAGGAGGGUCCAAGGGAUGUAGAUCACCCGAUCUGGAAACAUAUUCUGUGUGUAUGCGUAUGCAUACUAAAGGGGACAAGAACUGUGAUCGGCAUAGACAUAACAUAA